CCCCUCUCUGACAAAUUAUUUUCAUCAUGUUCAAGCUCGCGCGCAGCAGCCGUCCUGUCGCUGCAGCUAUCAGAGCUGCGACGGUGAGAUAUUUUCCUGUGCUAUUUUGAUAAUAUUACAUGAUACCAUAUCUAUUAGCAUCAAAUUGAGCUUGCUGACAUUGCGAUUUUGGUAGGAAUCCUCCGUCCAAUCCAGAUUGGCUCAGCAACAGAGAAACCUGUCCAUUCACGAAUACCUCUCUGCCCGUCUUCUCAAGUCCGUACGUUGUCGGAAACGUUCACUCGAUAUUUCGCAGAUCUAAGAUGACUGACCGGAUGGCAGUAUGGCGUCGGAGUUCCCAAGGGUGAGGUCGCCCACUCGGCGGAGGAAGCUGAGGCUGUCGCCAAGUCAAUCGGUAUAUAUGAGCCCUUAACAGACAAGCUGGACCGCGGUUUACUGAGACAAACACUUUAGGGAACGAUGACAUGGUGAUCAAGGCUCAGGUUCUUGCUGGUGGCCGUGGUAAGGGUUCCUUCGACAAUGGCCUUAAGGGAGGUGUGCGCGUUAUCUACUCCCCAACCGAGGCCAAGAUGUUCGCUAGCCAGAUGAUCGGACACAAGCUCAUCACCAAGCAGACUGGUGCUGCUGGUCGCCUUUGCAACGCAGUCUACAUUUGUGAGCGCAAGUUCGCUCGUCGUGAAUUCUACCUUGCCGUCCUCAUGGACCGCGCAACUCAGUCCCCCGUCAUUGUUGCCUCAUCGCAAGGUGGUAUGGACAUUGAGGCAGUUGCCAAGGAACACCCUGAGGCUAUCAUGACAACUCCUGUUGACAUCAAGGUCGGCGUGACUGAUGACAUUGCCCGCAAGAUUGCUACCGAUCUUGGCUUCUCUGAGCAGUGCAUCGAGGAUGCCAAGACAACCAUCCAGAACCUGUACAAGGUCUUCAUGGAGAAGGACGCUACUCAGAUUGAGAUCAACCCUCUGUCUGAGACCUCUGACCACCAGGUUCUGGCUAUGGACGCCAAGCUGAACUUUGAUGACAACGCUGAGUUCAGACAGAAGGAGGUCUUCUCGUGGAGAGACACUACUCAGGAAGACGCCGAUGAGGUCAAGGCUGCUGAGUACGGCUUGAACUUCAUCAAGCUGGAUGGUGACAUUGGAUGCCUAGUCAACGGUGCUGGUCUCGCCAUGGCCACCAUGGAUAUCAUCAAGCUCAAUGGCGGAAGCCCCGCCAACUUCCUUGAUGUUGGUGGUGGUGCUACUCCCGCCGCUAUCAAGUCUGCUUUUGAGCUCAUCACCAGCGACCCCAAGGUCACUGCCAUCUUCGUUAACAUCUUCGGUGGUAUCGUCCGCUGCGAUGCUAUCGCCCAGGGUUUGAUCAAUGUCGUGGAGGAUAUGGGUCUGCGCAUCCCCAUCGUUGCUCGGUUGCAGGGCACCAACAUGGAGCAGGCUCAGAAGCUGAUCAACGAGUCCGGUCUUAAGAUCUUCUCCAUUGAGGACCUCCAGAGCGCCGCCGAGAAGUCCGUCCAGUUCUCCAAGGUCGUCAAGAUGGCCCGUGAGAUUGACGUCGGUGUCGAGUUCACCCUUGGUAUCUAAACCCCGUCGGUUUGAGAUAGUCCAGCAUGUGUCAUCGCCUAAUGUUUCACCUUUCUGUCUUCUCUUUCGUGAUUUCCCUUUUUACUUUCCUUUGAUUACAUGGGUGAUGACAUGGUUGGAAAUACCAAAUGGACUACCUACCGGGGACCUCAAAUUCACCGCCCUCGUGAUACUACUGUGAAUGGUUGAUCAGCGAUACGGAUGCUGAAUUGCGAGGGCGCGAGUCGGUCAGAAUAUAUUAGUAAAUUGGGCUAGUAUAAUAGUGAAAUCCGCACAGUACGCGGAUGGCAGGGUGGCAUAAUCAUAGAGAGCAUUGAUGGUUCUGUAUAUCGUCCAUAUCUAUUCUUUUUUUCCUUUUCCUUUCCUUUUGUCAAUGUAUUUCUUGUCGAUUCGGUAUUCUAUCGAUCCAAAUAUCUGUUCCUCUAAGCGCCUCAGCUGUCGAACCAGACAAAAGCUCAAGACCUUC